UCCAGGUCAAGGGUUGGAUCCAGUGACCGGUGUAGACGCCAAGCAGUGAAUUUAUGCCCUGUUGGACAUUUUGUAUCCACUCAGCAACGAGGAACAGGUGAGGGAGGAUACGGGUGAGGAGUGAGGGAACUUUUGGCUGGGAAUCCAGGCACUGUCUACCACACACAAAAACCAUGGCAUCAACUACUUUGACAAUCAUCCAGGUGUUCAUAGGAGUCUUGGUGGCCGUUGCUGCUGUUCUCUGGUUCAUAGAAACUGUACCCACUGACGAAAAGGGAACUUCCACCAGCCCCGUAAGCCCUGUCAAUGUAUCAGAACCAGUCAAAUUAGACAUUUUAGAAAAAGCAACAAACAAUGAACCUUCAGAAACAAAUGUAGCUGAAGAGUCUUCAGAGUCUAAAAUAGCCAGUGAAUCUUUGGUGUCAACUACAGAUGCCAGAGCUACAGAACCAGCCCUGAAUGAAGAGCCUUCAGAAUCAGUCUUCGAUGACAAGUUUAUAGAUAAAACUACAAUUUAUGAGUCUCCUGGACCAGCUGCAAAAGAAUCUGAACCAGCCACAGUUGAAGUAAUGACAGAGUUAGGGAAGGUGAAGGGUACUGAACAAGCAAUCACAGAUUCAAGGACCAUUCUUGCCUUCAAAGGUAUCCCAUAUGCUCAGCCUCCAGUUGGUGAACUUAGGUUUAAGGCUCCUGUGCCCAUAGGACCUUGGUCAGGAGUGAAGGGGGGCCAGACACCACCAGCGUGUCCUCAGGUAGACUUCGUAGCUCUAAGGGCCGGAGAAACUAAGGUGCAGGGAGAAGAGGACUGUCUUUAUCUGAACAUUUAUGUCCCAAAGAAUUCAGCACCAAACUUACCUGUGAUGGUAUUUAUUCAUGGAGGCGCAUUUUUCCUUGGUGAUGCAGAAAUGUUUGGAGGAACACCAAAGUUUCUUCUGACCAAGGACGUUAUUCUAGUUUCCAUUCAGUACCGGCUGGGAGUCCUAGGUUUCUUAUCAACUGGCGAUCCCACAAUUCCUGGAAACUUUGGAAUGAAGGACCAGUCGCUGGCUCUACGCUGGGUGCAUGAAAACAUCCGAGACUUCGGGGGUGACCCUGGUCAGGUCACCAUCUUUGGUCAGAGUGCUGGAGGGGCCUCAGUCCACUUGCAUGUUUUGUCGCCAUACUCUGAAGGCCUGUUCCAGAGAGCUAUCCUGAUGUCUGGAACAGCUUUAGCUCCCUGGGCGAUCCGGGAGGACCCCAAAGAAGUGGCCUGGAAAAUUGGAAGGUCAUCUGGUUGCUUAGCUGAUGGAGAGCCACUGGACAGCACUGCUCUUUUUGAUUGUCUCCGAGGGGUUUCUGUGGAGGAUAUUACCUUGACUGUACUGAAAUUAACUGUCUGGAACGAUCUUCCUUUCCCUCUGGUACCUUGCAUAGACGGCGACUUCCUACCCGACCAUCCAGCCCGGCUGCUGAAGUCUGGACGUUUCCAGAGAGUCGACGUCAUGGGUGGAAUAACAGCUAAUGAGAUGGUAUUGCAAGUUAUGGGUUUUACGCAGAACAAAGAAGCAAAAAAAGAAUUCCUCUCCAAAUUUGAAGUGCUUGGCCCCCUCCUGUGCGCUCUUGACGAAGAAGAGUCAGGUUUGUUGAUAAUGAAGAAUGCUUUCCAUAACUACAUGGAUGGGAUCGAGGUUUCCGAUGAUUAUUUUGAGGAGCUUGAUCAGCUCGUCAACGACUGCUUCAUGAAUGUCAACAUGGACGAAUCGAUUCUCAUGCACGUCUUGGACGAGAACGCCAGAGUCUACGCGUACGAACUCGAAUACCAAGGGAAGGAUUUCUUUUUGGAGGCACUGAACGUGAGCGUUGAUGAAGCGUACGUGCCCCACGGAGCCGACCUGAAGUUCUUAUUCAACAAUGUCAUUGGAUCCCCCGACUCCCAAGACCCGACCGACCUCCUCGUGUCCGAAAUCAUGGUCCAGCUGUGGACCGACUUCGCCAUCAAAGGGAACCCGACCCCUGACCUAUCCUUGGGCUUCAAGUGGCUGCCUGUGGCGAAGGACUCCUACCAUUACCUGGGCAUAGGACCCGCCCCUUCCAUGAGGAACGACAAGAGGGCUAAGAGACGUGAAUUCUGGAAGGCGCAGCCGACGAAAUCGAACAAUAUUCUUUACGAGGAAUUAUUUGCAGAGGAUCGGAUGAACAGUUAACUGAACCAGAAGGAAACAAACCAGAUGUCUACAGUCUAACUUCUACAUGAAUAUACUGUUGAAAUCGAAGGCAAAAACCUUUGUUAUGAUGUAUUUUUUAUAGCGCCAAUGUUUUUCUUUAACUUUUUGUGAUAUUUGAUUUAUUUUAUUUAGAUAGGCCAGGUUUGCUGAGGUACUGUGCUAACCUCAUCUUCCUAACCUAACCUAACAAAAUUAUGGAACAAUGAAUAUAGCUGCGGAUAUCAAUACCUUCUCUAACGGACGAAUAAUAACCUUGUGAAUGAAAGCUGAAUUGUAAAAAGACACAUUUAAUGAACGAAAUAAAAUCGUGCAACUUUUUACAUAAACACUGACAAUUGAACUCAGUAGCUGAGUUUUUACACAAACACAAACACUGACCUUCAAAGCUGAUUGUUUAUACAAACACUGACCUCCAUAGCCGAUUGUUUACACAAAUUCUGACCUCCAAAGCUGAUUGUUUACACAAACACCUACCUCUGUAGCUGCGUGUAUACACAAACACUGACCUCCGUAGCUGAUUGUUUACACAAACAAUGCCCUCAGUAGCCGAUUGUUUACACAAACACUGACUGUACCAGAUUUGUUUGUUUGUAUGGUGCUUUUACGUUGCAUGGAACCAGUGGUUAUUCAGCAACGGGACCAACGGCUUUACGUGACUUCCGAACCACGCCGAGAGUGAACUUCUAUCUCCAGAAAUACACAUCUCUCACUCCUCAAUGAAAUGGCCGAGAAUCGAACCCGCGACAACCGAGGUGGGACGCUAAUACCAUACCAACCACGCCUCUGAGGCGCUUCUCUGUAGCAGAUUGUUUACAUAAACAUUGACGACUAACAUUACAAACCUUCAUCCACGCCGAAGGUUGUUGGUAAACCAAGCCUCUGUGACUGAGACUGAGUACCGGGGUAAAAAGAACGAGUUUCCAACUAUACCAAAAUUAAUGAGGAAGAAGAAGAUCGUUUGGUUUCAGAGAUUAGGCUGCAACUGACUUUUCAUGAUUAAAAGGAAUUUUCUAUU